UUUAUGCUUUAUCAUGGACUAACAAAAUAUCGUGCCAAUUAUCAAUACUACCAGGAUGAAUAACUAUAGGGUGUGAGUGUAUAAGUACAACUUAAUCUGUCAUAAGGGAGACAAGAUGGAGACUAAAACGCAAGCCAUAUUGUUGGGCCUCUUGGGAAUUUCAAUCGCGUUGUUCGUGACGACAAACGCAGAGGGCUGUAUACCAAACCCCUGUAAAAAGAACUCCACGUGUGAAGAUAUAAAGCAGGAUGCAAAGGUUGUUGACUACAAAUGUGCCUGCCAACCAGGAUAUAUGGGCAAAAACUGCUCCAAGAACAUUGAACCGUGCAAUCCAAAUCCUUGCCAGAGACGUGCCAAGUGUAGGGUGAAGGGUCUGGGACUCAAGGUGAAAGACUUCUCAUGUGAUUGUUCCAUGUGGUGGACUGCACAGGACUGCAGCAGACAUGAUGUCAGUUUGACCAUUCUUGUGGCAACGUGUAUCGUGGUAAUUGUCACGGUUUUAUUCGUCCUAAUCAGUGUCAUACGCAACAGGCGCAAGAAGAGGCAGAAUGAGGAAGACUCGUCAUAACUCCAAUCGAAAGACAACUUCCUAGAAGACUUCGCAUCACUCAAACAAGUUAAAAUUUAUUUUAAGUCAAUCCUUACCACAUGUAGUAAGGUAAAAAAUUAUGUACCCGAGCACUAAAUGGAGAAGUGUCUGUGAAGUGUCUCCCUGUAAAAAGGAUCUCCUGAAAAAUCUAGGCCAGUAAAAAAAACUGAUCUACAAAGCAAUAAACAGACUUGCCCCUGGCACCUGAGCUCCUCCCAUCCUGUGACCCCUGGCGAUCCCAGAGGCCUGGGGACAAAUGUCUCCCGAGGAUCCCCAGGUAUCCCCCUGGAGAUGCACAUUGGCAGGAGCUACCUUGUCCAGGUGGCCAGGCUUUGGAAUGAGUACAGAGAUGACAUUUAAAAGGCUAAGAUUGUUGCCAUUUUCAGGCAUGGGCUAAAAACCAACCUGAACAAAUAAACUGUGAAAAACAUAGUGUUUAUUUGUGUAAGUAUAUUUAUUGAUAACUAAUUCACUGCAAGCAUACCCCAUCCUGUAAUGAGCUUAUGUAAUUAUUUGCAAUAAAAAUGUCUUAAAGCAA